UCUUAUGGAGCUGACCAGCUAGCUAGCUUAAAAAAUCUAUGAAGCUAAUUGAUCAGAGUUGUUUGCUGGAAUGGCAUGUAAGGAACUGACUUUACAAGAACUUAUUGAAAGACUACAUGAACUCUUUGCUUCUGAUGAUGUGGAUGUUGAUGAGGUGCAACAUGUAAUGGAAAUGCAUCAGUCAAAGUAUUCUGAAUGGAAGAAAUUUGCAAACUUUGAUCCACACAGGUACACAAGGAACUUAGUGGACUCUGGUAAUAAAAAGUUUAACUUAAUCCUGUUGUGCUGGAGUGAGGGUCAUGGAAGUGGCAUACAUGAUCAUGCGAACGCUCACUGUUGGAUGAAAGUGAUGGAUGGUGCUUUGACUGAAAAUUUGUAUGAUUGGCCAACUGAAGAUCAAACUGACAUUCCACCUGAAGCUAACAAAAUGACGUGCAAACGUAAGAAGGAGUACACGCGCGGUGAAGUUGCUUACAUCAAUGAUACCAUUGGUCUCCACCGUAUUGAGAACAACAGUCACACAAGAUCAGCUGUUUCGUUGCAUCUAUACUCUCCUCCAUUUGAUAUGUGUCAUUCUUUUGAUGAACGUACCGGAAAAGUAAUUCCAUGUCAUGUGCGAUAUUGGAGUAAAUAUGGUGAACGCACACCUUUGUGUUCUGCGUUGCGCCAUGCAAAUCAAGAGCAAAACUAACAUUGGUUUACAUGGAAAAAAGACAAUUAUAUCUGUAUUUUAAUAAAAACCGUUUUUUAGGCAUUGCUUUAUUGUGACUUUCGUAUUAACGCAUUCUUGAAAUUAUAAAAAUUGAGUUGUAGAAAAAGUAGUAUUAUUUAUCUAGAAUUUUGUUUACUAGAAUAGAUUUUUAACUUUAUA